UUAAUAUUAAAGGAGGUAAAAUUUUCAUAAAGCAACCAGUUUGGUUGAGUGCUGCAAGAAACCACGUUAGCAAAAUGUUUAUUGGUACUGUGUUCCUGGCCUUGUUCUUCACUUGUGGUAACGCUGUUCCAGAUCCUCGACAAACCACAGUGACUCUUCUUCGUGACAGCUUACUUCACUACAAUUUUGAUGCAGGAAACAAGAAAGCAUCGGGUACGCUCGAUGGGACGAGAACCCUCGACUUUGAUUUACCUGACGAAGCUGCGGAUAAAGCACCAGAAAUAACUCUUUUAGAGAACGUCAACUCCGGCGCAGGGAUCGCUUUAGGAGCCAACAUCAAUAUAGAUGCCAUUAUUGUUGCAAAGGACAAGUUUCUUGCUGGGAAGUUUCCAUUCUGGAGGAAGAGAUAGAGAAAGAGAGAG